AUGGCAGCCGAUGUUCGAUCAAACGCGCUUCAUGAUCUCAUGCGCCAUCAUGGCUUCCUUGUCAACCCACUCCAAUGGACUUCCCGUCAUCUGGAUAUGGUGGGGUGUCGAUUCGAACACGUUGACUCUGCCCCUGUUUGCGCCAACUCUUCUCUAGACGACGGUAGGACCGAUCAUGAUAGAAAAACUUGCCCAAAGCCACCCAGCAAUGCAGAAGUGUUCGCAAGAAAACCAUUUUAUAUCGUAAAGUGUCAUGGUCUGGACUGUAUCUUGGUUGGCGAGCAACGCGCAUUCGAGUGCCAUCGUUUGAACCUUGUCCAGGCCCAAGGGGGGGCAACUAAUCAUGUUGGCGCGAGCCUUAGUCGGAAGCGACUCGCUCAGAUAGUCCCACAGGAAUGGACUGAGGAUCCCUAUUUCGUGUGUCUCUUGCUAGCUCUUGCACAGCUUCAAGAGCGCAAGGCGAAGCCAUCAAAACCAGCCGCCUAUAUAUCACGUCUUCUUGUAACCAACAGAAUGCAUGAUGAAUACAUUUACCUUUACGAGGCUGAAAUCACCGCCGAGCUUCUAAAUGCGCUCAAGAACCCGAAUAAUGCGACAAAUUCCAUAGCUUGGCCCACGAUUUGGCAGAGAAAACUCCCAUUCGAGCCGUUUGAUACCUUUGGCAACCGACUUGUGGCUGAGCUAGUGACCUCCAGCCCAUUUCGCUGCCACCAUCCCUCAGGUCCAUCAGAUGAUGUGAAUGGUGACAUUAUGGGCCAUGGUACGAAACGGCAGCAUGAACAAACAGGCAGCAUGGCAUACAAGAAACAGCGAAUAUAA